CACUAGCAACAUGGCUGUUCGUCCCUUGAACAAUGCAGGACAUAUUCAAGCCACCAAAGGGAAUUGUCUGUCCACACGCAGAUUGGACUCUGGUUUGCUUAAUAAUCCACAGCGGGAAAAGACAAGAGGGCGGUGAAUUGACGCAGAAAGUUGUAUAAAAUGAUUCGGCAGACUGAGAAUCAAUGCAGUUCGCUUCGCCAAGUCUCUCAAAUCUCACAGCAGCAAAACAUCAACCAUGGUUUUUAAGCUGGUAACCGUUUUUGUGGUUCCUCUGGCCACUAUGGUCCUGGCAGCCACUCCCGGACCCUACCAUGCUCCUCCCACGCCUUAUGCUCCCCAUCACCCGGGACCUGUCUACCCUAAGCAUCACCAAGCCCCACCUCAUCAUCCCGCUCCGCACGCCCCUCAGGGGUAUUGUGAUCCCAAAGCUCCCCCUAAGUGUGCCCAUCACUCCGACCUUCCCUUUUGCUUGGAGGACCCCGAAUAUCCUGAGUAUGAGAUCGCCAAUAAAAUCAGUCAAGAUCCCAUCUUUGAGAAGAAGUAUUCAGAUGUGCCCGAUCAAUCCGCCGAUGACCUGGUUGAGCAUAUCAGCGAGUAUCAGGAGGAUGCCUUCAAUUACGCCUACUAUACGGGUGCUUCCAAGGGCCACUCUCCUUUCGACCUGUCUCAUUGGGCUGGCCCUGAGGGCUACCUUUGUCCCUCCCAGGUAGAUUACGCCAAGAUUAAACGGGCCGUGAAUGUGGAAGGAUACUGGCGAAUCAUUCUCCAACACGCCCCCAAGGAGUACGGUUACGCCAGUUACAACUACACUCAAACCACCCGUCUUGAGACCUGCCUCACUCCCGAUAGUGCCUGUCGUCUCAUUGCCCCUUGCUACAACUCCAAGUGUACCCAAAAGUACGUGUACCACCGCAUGGUCUCAGUGGAUCCUUGUGAUCUGUACCGUGGGUUCUUCAUCGAUACCUACAAGCUUCCAUCCGCAUGCUCUUGUCAUGUUCCCCACUAAGUUAUUGGGAUUUGACCCCUUUGCCCACCCACCCACCAGCCUCCUUAACUCUAUAGGCUCGUACCAUUCAGACCCCAAGACUUGUUACUACUAUUUAUUCAUUUUAUUUAUCGCCCAUCCAAGACCAGACUAUUCCUGUGAGUUUGGUCGUCAUAUUCCAACUCUGAAGAAUGCUACUGUGCAAGAGUAGACCUGGAUUAGUCUCUCUCCCUGGUGUUGAUCACAUCACUCUCAUGGCGUAAGGAACUGCGAACCGACAUCGAAAAAACGCCCACCGUGAUCAUGACCUCGGAGAUCUGAUAUGUCCAGGAAUUUCUGCUUCUAACUCGGCUUCUUCCGUGUUUCCAAUGUAUUUAAUCCACUGGUGUUCCUGCCAAGAAUUGUGAUAUUUGCCAUUUUUGUGGUGCGAUUAUGUUGCUGUGAGAUUUGUCAAAUAGAGAAGCGAACUACUUAA